GUGCAUAAGCAGAAGGUACUGCUUAGAGAGAUGUCAGACGAACUACGCCGCCUCAAGUCGCUCCUCGACGAAAUGACAGAAACUGCGGAGCACAGGAUGUUCACCGUGUUCUGGUUGUUGCUUGACAACAUGAAAGAUAUAGACGUUACUUGUCUGAGGGAGGACAUGUCAGCCAGAAUUCAGGCAAUUGCUGAAACGAAGAACACCACGUUCGACGAGUUUCAGGUAUGGCUGGAUAUUGAAAGGGAAAGGCGCACCGCAGUCUUGAAGCGGUUCUCCGACCACGUCACGAAGACAACAAACGGGGAGUCAGACGGAGGGGAUGUCAUGUGUCUUGCCAGCUGCGGAAAGUGUGUACUGAAGGAGGGGUGGGCAUCGUACAAUAGCCAAGAUUACAACACAGGUUCGCUACCUACGACGGCACGCAGCGUCGUUGACCUCUUAGCCUUCACCGAGGACUGCAUUCGCCACUGUACGAAAACCGUCGAGGAGUACGGUCUGAGUGAAGUGGGUGUCGGGUCUAUUAAUGACGAGCUUCCUGCAAAAAUCGCGUCUCUGCUGAGCAGUUGCAAAGACGUAAUUGAUGCCCUGCAACACACUCGAGGCAGGUUGUUGGCUGGAGAACUGACGGUGACAUGUAUGGAAGAAGAUGUUAUGGGAUGUGGAGAAGGUGAAACGAAGAAGGGAAGAGAAGAAGCUGACAGACCAAUCGGAGUGUGUUCGGGAAAUGGGGCCACUCUUGGGAAGGAUGCGCCUGCGCCACACGUCCUGUUGGCGUGCAGUGAUGUUGCCGCACUGAAAUCUCACCACGAAAUGGACAGCGGUCCACGGGUGUGCGACUGCGGCAGACCUUUCAUGUCCUUACGGACUUUAAACUCGCAUCGUGCGAGGGCAUGCCCCGCCGUGGCGGAUGAGGGAGCGCAAAGGCAGGAGAAUGAUGCUGCCCAAGACCCGGGACCAUCCAACAUAGGCGCAACCAAUCUCGCUGGUGAUGAGAGCGAGGACGCGGGGGCGGAGGACGACGCGAAUGGGGCAGCCGGUGAUAACGCAGAGCUGGCAGCGCAACCCGUCGAGCCUUUUGACAGCUCGCGCAGGCUAGCAGUGCUUAUUUUCUCUGCCAGGGGCGGCGUCGGUAUGUCACAUACGGACGUUGAUGCUCUCUUGUCACUUCUCAAAGAUCCGAGAUUCAGCGAGACGGACAUUGCGUACCGCAACAGUCGAGAGUGCUUCGCAUGGGCGGGCAGUCUAGCAGAGGCCGCUGGGUGGAAGGAGUUGGAUCUACGUAGUGACGACUGGCCUCGAGAAGCGCACGCCGUCUUGUGGCACCGCGAUUGGCGAACUGCAUUCUUAUCAAUAAUGCACGUCGCGUUGCAGAAAUGCGAGACGGUUCAUUCCCUCGAGGUGUCCCCGCCGUCGGAGGACAACAGUGUAUCCGGUCCGCACAGCGGGGCGCUCAGUUAUCACACGCAGUCAAUCAUUCGAGCGCACAAAGGUGACGACGAGAAUGGAUAUUCACGAUAUGUAAUCCCUCUCUCACUGUACUCCGACAAGACACACACAGACGGUCGUCAGAAACAAACGGCAUACCCUCUUAUGAUGUCGCUAGCCGACCACGCGUCGGAAGCCACUCUGCUGGUCUAUCUUCCCGUGCUUCAUCAUCGACCCCGUGACAAAGGAAGGGGUCUACAGUCCACCGCAUUCAGGAGGCGAAAGGCCGUCAUCUUCCACAAGGCCCUUUCGACGGUCUUGCAAGCUGCGAAGGAGGCAUCGCACGAUGGCAUCACGAUACCGUCGACGCGAUUCGGGGACGUGACUGUCCACCUUUUCCUCCUCAACUAUAUACAGGACUACCCAGAGCGAUGUGUGCUGGCGAAUGUGAAGUUUGGUGUAUGCCCUACAUGCACCGUGUCGAAAACGGACCUCGAUGUCGUGGCCGAUUUCACGGACAGCAGGAGAUCCCAGACGCUGGAAACUCAACUUGCAGCAGCUGUGUUCACGGUGGACGACGAUGACGUGCGUCGUGCGGCGGAAGGGCGAAUGGCGGAGUUUGACAUGCAUAGGCAUGUUGAACAGAACGGUCUUUGGGGGUUCUACAGGGGGCCGAGUGGCGAUGAUCCUCAACUAGACUACCACCUCGCAUUGCAACCAGACCGUAUGCACACGAUCGAACACGGCAUAUUCCUGCACAUGAUCGACGCAUUCAGGGCGGCAACCUUUGAGAAGUUGUCGAACACACCGCAAACAGAGAUCCUGAAGGAACUCGAUGCGAGAUUGCAAUGCAUUAGUGAGAGAUGUACGCGAACAUAUCCCCAACUUGUGUUGCUCGUGGCCACAGGCAGCGAUUUCUUUUCUCGAGAGGGACGCUUCGAGGCGAAUAUCCUCUCAGGUGUGGCGAACAUGCAUCGCAUGCAAGCAGGUGGUGUAGACAGCGAGUGGGAAAACUGGGUGGUGAUGACGGUCUUCGUUGAUGCUGAAGUGCCGCAACAGAGGAAUGUUGCUGCAAUGACAAUUUUGCAAGCGGCAGCCGCUCUUCCCCUGCAAGUGUCCGGUGUCGGUGACGACCUCGACAUCAUAGUUGGUGGUUUGCUGCACAACCACGUCAUGCAAUGCACGGCUCUGAAGGGUGUUCAGGAGCGAGUACAAAGGGCACGCCAAUUGUGGGUGUUGGAACGCUCCAGACGUGUGUGGUCGGAUAUGCAAAUGAGCGGGGAUCGGCACGAUAGGGUGUUCCGCAGAUUAUGUCGUCUUCCACGUCCACUCUUCCUGGAAACCCUUAAGCGGAUAGAACCGCACAUUCAACGUCAGGACACGAACUGGAGGCGGCCAUUGCCAGCAGCUUUGAAGUUUGCAUACACACUUGACCGUUGGACAAUGGGUACAUACUACAGACAGUACGGACAUUCCCUUGGGGUGGGGUUGGCGAGUGCCCAGCCGAGCAAUGUCAACGUGGCAGAUGCAUGCAUUCAGGAGUAUGGCCAUGUCAUCCGCUGAGGGGCGUCGUUUGCAGGACACCCUGGACGUUUUCGA